AUGGAUCUCGCAUAUGACCAUAUCCAGGAGGAAGCUCUGUCGCCAGAGGAGGCGAAAAACAGACAAGAACAGCCGCCCGAUAACUCUCUCAAUACCGACUUCCAGGAAGCAUACAAAGCUAUCUCUGCCAGUCCAUGGGGUGCCAAACUCGGAGGUUUCUUUGGAAGUGUAGUCAAGCAGGGCGAAUCUGUCUACAAGGAAGCCUCCCAAGAACUCUCUGCCGUAGGGGAAGAGGCAUCUAAAGGCCUUGGUGAUCUCCGAUCAAACCUUAUCAGUCGUACACGAGGCCUCUCCAUAGCUCAUAAUCCUACUGGUGAACAGUCCACAACAGGGAAGGCUGGCGAGAAGGGGGUUACAACAGACGAUGCUCUUAAGGAAUCCGAAGGUGUCUUGGACAGACUACGCACCGAGGCUUCCAAACGAUUGAAAGACAUACAGAAAGCGGAGGAUGCUGCAGAUGAGGCGCUAUUGAAGUUUGGAACAAAUAUCAGCAACUUCCUGAAAGAUGCUGUGAGCAUUGCACCCCCUUCUGAGAGCUCAGAUGGGAAGGGCAGCACGGUCUUGUUUGAGAGUAAGGAUGCGUCUGGAAAGCGGGUGAUUCACACUACUCGAUUCGAUGCUCAGCUCCAUGCUAUACAUUCAUCGACGGACAGCUUUACCAAGGACCCAGUUAGUGAAGAAUACGAUUCGUGGACUAAGACUUUCAACGUAGAGAGCAAGACCGAUGAUAUCAGCAAGGACUUGGAGAAAUUCGGCGGAUUGAGAACUUCCAUGGAGAAGCUUGUGCCUGAUACCGUCACAUAUGCAGAUUUCUGGAAACGGUACUACUUCCUCAGACAUAGCAUUGAAACCGCCGAAGCUCGGAGACGAGACUUACUCAAAGGUGCAGCUGCUUCGGCGGAAGAAGAAGUCGGCUGGGACGAGGACUCUGACGAUGGAGCUACGCCCGUCAAACCUACCAAAGUCAAGGAAGCAGGCAGGCCUGUAUCCGCCGAAUCAUCUACAACACUCCACCCAGCAAUCCAACCUUCAGGAAAUACAUUUCUGAAGCCAGAGGAAUCUCGCAAAUCGCACGACGAGAAGUCUCAAGCAGACAGUGAUGGUAGCUACGAUGUUGUUGGUGCCGCUUCUGGUGCUCCGAGUCGCGCCCCUGGUAGUCCUAAAGAGUCACGAAAAGGCGAUGACAGCGAGGAUGAGGAUUGGGAAUAG